AGUGCACCAGGCUGCAACGAGCCGAGCUUCUUAGCAACCCCCCUCCACCCAUUCUCGCGCUCUCUCCCUCCCUUAGACAACCCCCUCCACACGUAAUUCCGAAAGAGCAGAAGAAAGAGAAGGAGAGCAAGAAAAGAAGAGCUAGUAAGCCGGAGCGGCAGCACAGAAAAGAGGCUGAAGAGAAGGAAAGGAAGAGGAUGGACAACCACAAAACGCAGCGAUUGCGGAAAUUUUCCAGCGCCAUUGGUUGGGCAGCGUGAGUCCUUCGGGCGGGCGUGAUUUCAGCACCGGGGGGACUGGACAGCACCUCGGGGGGACUUCUGGGCAACCUGCAACAGCAGCGAGAACUCCACCGGCAGCCUCAACCACAGAAGCCGCUGAAAACCCUGCUUUGUAUCAGAGAGGCAAGGUCAGUCCGACGCACAGCCAUGCACGGGCAGUGCGCCUGUACUACGCUGCAAACCUGCUUGUUUCUCUAACACGCACUUGCUCGUAAUUACUAGCAUUGUUUCUUUUCUGAUUAGUGUGGACCACUAGACAAGAUUGUGUAAGGGUGUGUUUUUUAAUUUAUAUGUAUAUAUUUAACUUCUUCGGGUUAUUUUUAAAGGGUUGAGGGGGAGUAGGUUGGGUUUUUUUCUACUUUUUUUUUUUUUUUUUUUUUUUUGCUUGCCUUGCACUACGUGCUUGGAUAGUUUGUGGAUAUAAUCAUUGACUGGCGACUGGGCUAUUGCAGUGCGGGGGGGUUAGGGAGGAAGGAAUCCACCCCCACCCCCCCAAAACCCUUUUCUUUUCCUUCCCUGGGUUCGGACAUUGGAGCACUAAAUGAACUUGAAUUGUGUCUGUGGCGAGCAGGAUGGUUGCUGUUACUUUGUGAUGAGAUCGGGGAUGAAUUGCUCGCUUUAAAAAUGCUGCUUUGGAUUCUGUUGCUGGAGACGUCUCUUUGUUUUGCCGCUGGAAACGUUACAGGGGACGUUUGCAAAGAGAAGAUCUGUUCCUGCAAUGAGAUAGAAGGGGACCUACACGUAGACUGUGAAAAAAAGGGCUUCACAAGUCUGCAGCGUUUCACCGCCCCGACUUCCCAGUUUUACCAUUUAUUUCUGCACGGCAAUUCCCUCACUCGACUUUUCCCUAAUGAGUUCGCUAACUUUUAUAAUGCGGUUAGUUUGCAUAUGGAAAACAACGGCUUACAUGAGAUCGUUCCGGGGGCUUUUCUGGGGCUGCAGCUGGUGAAACGGCUGCAUAUCAACAACAACAAGAUCAAAUCUUUCCGAAAGCAGACUUUUUUGGGGCUGGACGAUCUGGAAUACCUCCAGGCUGAUUUCAAUUUAUUACGGGAUAUAGACCCGGGGGCCUUCCAGGACUUGAACAAGCUGGAGGUCCUCAUUUUAAAUGACAAUCUCAUCAGCACUCUACCUGCCAACGUGUUCCAGUAUGUGCCCAUCACCCACCUCGACCUCCGGGGAAACAGGCUGAAAACGCUGCCCUAUGAGGAGGUCUUGGAGCAAAUCCCUGGCAUUGCCGAGAUCCUGCUAGAGGAUAACCCUUGGGACUGCACCUGUGAUCUACUCUCCCUGAAAGAAUGGCUGGAAAACAUUCCCAAGAAUGCCCUGAUCGGCAGAGUGGUCUGCGAAGCCCCCACCAGACUGCAGGGCAAAGACCUCAAUGAAACCACAGAACAGGACUUGUGUCCUUUGAAAAACCGAGUGGAUUCUAGUCUCCCUGCUCCCCCUGCCCAAGAAGAGACCUUCGCUCCUGGCCCCCUGCCAACUCCUUUCAAAACAAAUGGGCAAGAGGAUCAUGCCACCCCAGGGUCUGCUCCAAACGGAGGUACAAAGAUCCCAGGCAACUGGCAGAUCAAAAUCAGACCCACUGCAGCGAUAGCGACGGGUAGCGCCAGAAACAAACCCCCAGUCAACGGCUUGCCCUGCCCCGGGGGCUGCAGCUGCGAUCACAUCCCAGGGUCGGGUUUAAAGAUGAACUGCAACAACCGAAACGUGAGCAGUUUGGCCGAUUUGAAGCCCAAGCUCUCCAACGUGCAGGAGCUUUUCCUGCGAGAUAACAAGAUCCAUAGCAUCCGAAAAUCGCACUUUGUGGAUUACAAGAACCUCAUUUUGUUGGAUCUGGGCAACAAUAACAUUGCCACAGUGGAAAAUAACACUUUCAAGAACCUCCUGGACCUCAGGUGGCUGUACAUGGAUAGCAACUAUCUGGACACGCUGUCCCGGGAGAAAUUCGCUGGACUGCAGAACCUAGAGUAUCUGAACGUGGAGUACAACGCGAUCCAGCUGAUUCUCCCUGGCACUUUCAACUCCAUGCCCAAGCUGAGGAUCCUCAUCCUCAACAACAACUUGCUGAGGUCCCUGCCUGUGGACGUUUUCGCGGGGGUCUCGCUGUCUAAGCUCAGCCUGCACAACAAUUACUUCAUGUACCUCCCGGUGGCAGGGGUGCUGGACCAGUUAACCUCCAUCAUCCAGAUAGACCUUCACGGGAACCCCUGGGAGUGCUCCUGCACCAUUGUGCCUUUCAAGCAAUGGGCAGAGCGCCUGGGUUCCGAAGUGCUGAUGAGCGACCUCAAGUGCGAGACGCCAGUGAACUUCUUCAGGAAGGAUUUCAUGCUCCUCUCCAAUGACGAGAUCUGCCCCCAGCUGUACGCCAGGAUCUCGCCCACGUUAACUUCGCACAGUAAAAACAGCACUGGGUUGGCGGAGACCGGGACGCAUUCCAACUCUUACCUAGACACCAGCAGGGUGUCCAUCUCCGUGUUGGUCCCGGGACUGCUGCUGGUGUUUGUCACCUCCGCCUUCACGGUUGUGGGCAUGCUCGUGUUUAUCCUGAGGAAUCGAAAGCGGUCCAAGAGGAGGGAUGCCAACUCCUCAGCGUCCGAAAUUAAUUCACUGCAGACAGUCUGUGACUCUUCCUACUGGCACAAUGGGCCUUACAACACAGACGGGGCCCAUAGAGUGUACGACUGUGGCUCUCACUCGCUCUCAGACUAAGUCGCCAGCCCUGAAAGGGGAGGGGAGCCCGGAGGCGACGCACCCUCCUCCCCUGCCGCCAGCAUCCAGGGGCUGCGGGAGCGUUGACCCAAAUCUAAACGUGCCCUGAGUCUUGACGGACAUAAGUAAAUAAAUAACUGCGAACUCGCUCAACCGAGAGGGGCUGACCCCUUCUCUGUCUCCUUAAACAAAGAGCAGACUGUGGCAGCUGGGAGAGCGCAACUUGCUCGCUCGUGAAUCUGAGCUCCUUUUGACUGAAAGCCCAGCAUGGGCCAGCCCAGAAGAAUUUACAGUGCUCUAACCUUGGGAGGAAGGACCCGUGGGUUUGGCCCCCGCGACGCUAUACAUAUAUACAUAUAU